AUGUCCAAUGAGGCCUCUCCUGGUGAUACCAGGGCAGCUCCUAAUUUCUCGAUGCGACUGCCUGCCUGUGGCAUCACAAUCAAUUUAACAAACUCGCAGUUGGAAAUGCUGAUUUCUCGGGGUAUGUUUAACCUUCCCCGAGCAAACGAAAGUGGUGGUGGAUCUUCACCCGCUACGUACCCUCCUAUCCUGGGUCCUCCUUUUGUUAGAUCCAACACGCAGUGGCGGGAGCCAUGGAUUGAGUCUAUCCUCGAUAUUUUUCCCUGCGUAUCUCAUUCUAUGAUCCUCGCAAUCGCCCGUCACGAAUUCAUUCCUCUAAACUUGUAUCAGUUGAAUUCCGUCACAGACCCUUCUGCUCCCCGCGCCGGAUCUCUCGACGAUUACCCCGAUUUUUUGUCAGUGUUGGAGCCAUUGUGUGUAUAUUUUCAAAUCCUGGGAUCCUAUGCUGCCACGGGUGGAGACGCUAACGCCGUGCUAUCGGUGCAAAAAGCAUUUACUGGUUAUUGCCUUCACCUCUCGAAACUAAGCCGCACCUAUCAGUGGCAGCAUGUGCUGCAGUACCAUCUUCAUUUCUUCCGCCGUCGAUCGUUCGAAAUGUUGGCGGGCGACUUCUCUGGAUGGCUUGUUCCUGAAAACGAAUUAGUCGGUCUGUAUCUAGUAGGUCGAAACCGGCUGCGAGCUGCAUCAUUCAAGAGUGACCGUACCAAGUUCUCUCCCGGGUCCUCGUCCUCGUCUUCAUCUGGGACCGAUCCAUAUACCACCUAA